AUGCUGAUGGCUUCAACUUGCUUGGUCCUUGUGCUGCUGGUGCUGUCAGAUGUGGUGGCGGCUGAGAGGCUCAAUGACCAUUUCGAAAGCCAGCAGGAGGCAGUGGCUGAAGUGUCUAUUGCGAACGUAGUGAGAGUACAGGUGGCUGAAGGGAGCUGGUUCGACCUCAACUGGACAAGGCCAGAGACCCCAAGGCUGGACGCCAUUUCGAGCGCUCCGAGCUCCAUGAUCCAGUCGGAGUCGCCGCCAAGCUGCGACGAUGCUCGAUGGACGGCCGGGUUCAAAACGCUGGGUAAAGGUGCAUAUGGAUCAGUUUACACCGUGCAAGACAACAAAAGGAGUCUGAUGAUGUCAGGAAAGAAACAACGUUUCUAUGCCGCGAAAAUCCCUAGCAAAGGGGGAGAGGAAGAAGCUCGACGCGAAAUUGAAGUCCUGACAAAGACGAAGGAACUCAACUGCCUCCAUGUGCUGAAGUUGGUGGAGAAGGACCCCUGUAUGAAGAUCUCCGGCAAGGACUACUUUUUGAAAGAUUCCUUUGUAGUGGAUCUUUUGCCAUCUGACCUGCACCAGAUCCGAAGCUCGGUUCCUGCCAAGUGUUUCCGACCGGUCUUCGACGCCAUCCGUAGUGGUCUGGACUGCUUGCACAAGGCUGGCUAUAUACAUGGGGACCUGAAACCGGACAACGUCUUGUUUGAGGCCACGGAUGAUGAUGGAUGUCCCACCGGCAUUCAGCUUGCAGAUUUCGGCCUUUCCAAGAAGAUCGGCGAGUUCACUCCCAAAUUCCCUUUCCCGUUUUAUCUACGCUGUUACCAUGAACCUGCUACAAUGUUUGGAGAAAUCCCGGAUAUGUUCAAUGUGUCAGCAUGGAAACCUUAUGGAGGACGUAUGAAAUGGCACUUCCAAGCAGACCCUCGCUUGGAUGAGUGUUCCUUUGCCCUUCUGAUGUACAAUCUUUUCGGGGAAAGAGUGCCAGAGAUUCAGGAGGAGUUGGGGGGGCGGGGAGCCUGCGGCCCUAUGGGGCCCAAGCGGCUGCUCGAGAUGCCCUAA